GUCAUACAGCGCACUUGAAUGUAUUGUAUACGUCAACUGGCAUCCAACCGAAAUGGGACAAAAUAGGAUGAAUGUAAUUUUUGUUAAAUCUGGGAAACCGUGAUAUUAAGCGAGGUGAAAGGUAAAACGGGCUUGUUUAAUUUAGAUAUUCUUUUUUGAAUGGGAGUGUUAUUUGCAGGCUGCUCAGUCUAACCGGAUACCUUCGCUGUCUGCUUGCAGUGCGCUGUGAUGGUCAUGGUGUUAAUGAUGGAAUCGCAAUGCGAGUACUUUAUGUAUUUUCCGUCCGUCCCCAUCUCAGACCUGUCGGACCCGGCCAAAUACCGCACGCUUCCGCGUCGCAGUCACCUUUAUCUCGGGGAAACAGUGCGCUUUCUCCUGGUUUUGCGCUCUCAGAACGUCGCGUCGGUGUCCGGGUCGGCCGGCACUGCGGCAGCUGAUGGCAGCGUCUCGGAGCAUCACAGCAGUCGCUCUUGGAGGGAGCUGGCCGGCUCUCUCUGCGCCGUGGCCAGCGUUAGCCCUGGUGACAACCGGCAGCGGACACAGCCUCUGUAUCACGACUACCACAGCAGCGGGGACGAGUGUGUGGAGGAUACGGACGAUGAUGAUGCUGCGGAGGUGGGCUGCGCAGGUAGAGGGGGCCCGAGGUACCGGGGCUUCAGGGAAUGCAAGCCGCUCCUCAUUCACAACAGCCCCGGCAACGGCGUGAGGGAAUUCCGUAAGGCUCCUGUACAGUCUCCUGUGGAUGAGCCAGUUGUUUUAAGCGAUGAGGUCAUCUUCCCCCUGACUGUGUCCCUGGAUAAGCUCCCUGUCACCACUCUCAAAGUGAAGAUAAUUGUAACUGUGUGGAAGCAAGAAGAGGAGAAAGCUGAGAUCCAAGAGCAUGGCUACCUCAGCAUCCUCCAACAAAAGAGCCCCUGCCAAACAUUCCGCCAGGAUCUAAACACCUUCAAAGCGCAGGUCAGCACCACACUUAAUGUCCUGCCCCCUCCGACUGUAAAGUGUCAACAAAUGACAGUCUCAGGGAGACACUUGACUGUCCUUAAAGUAUUAAAUGCAAGUUCUCAAGAGGAAGUGUGUGUGCGUGACAUCAAGAUCCUUCCCAACUUCAAUGCUUCAUACUUACCAAUGAUGCCAGAUGGCUCGGUGCUGUUGGUGGACAAUGUUUGUCAUCAGUCAGGAGAAGUUGCCAUGGCAUCAUUUUAUAGAAUGGACAGCGAGUCCAGUCACCUUCCCAGCAUGCUCAGUGCUCUAGAGGAGCAGAACUUUCUCUUCCAGCUGCAGCUCAAUAACCAGCCACAAGAUGAUUCAACUGAGGGACUAGAGGUGCCAUUAGUUGCAGUCUUGCAGUGGUCCACUUCUAAAUUGCCCUUCACCAACUCUAUCUACACUCACUAUAGUCUCCCUAGUGUGAGACUGGACCGACCGCGCUUCAUUAUGACAGCUAGCUGCCCCAGUGCGGUCAAGGCUCACGAACAUUUCCGGGUGCGAUAUACCCUCCUCAACAACUUGCAGGACUUUCUGGCAGUCCGUCUAGUCUGGACGCCUGAAGGUCGUGGACAGAAAGAGGAUCCUGCAGUGAAUGCAGUGGUGUGUCAUUCUCCUCUCAGUAACCUGGGUUACUGUCGAAAAGGCAGUACCCUUUCCGUCAGUGUGGCUUUUCAGAUACUCCGAGCAGGUCUUUUUGAGUUGAGUCAGCACAUGAAACUGAAGCUACAGUUCACAGCGUCCGUGUCCAACCCUCCCCCUGAUGCCCGUCCGUUGUCCCGCAAGAACAGUCCGUCCAGUCCAGCGGUUAGAGAUAUUCUGGACCGACAUCAGGCCAGUCUCAGUCUGGGCCGCUCUCAGUCCUUUUCUCACCAGCAACCAUCAAAGUUUCAUCUCACAAGGACAGGCAGUGUUAUGGAGCGCAGGGCCAUCACCCCUCCCGUGGGCUCUCCUGUUGGACGGCCGCUGUACCUCCCUCCAGACAGGAACAUCUUGUCACUUGACAAAAUUGCCAAGCGUGAGUGCAAGGUGCUGGUACUGGAUUCACACACCUAAAUGCACACACACACACACACACACACACACACACACAGACACAGCCA